AUGGGCUCGGACGAAGACUACAUGGCUUUCCUCGACAAGGCGAACGAGGACCCCUCUGCCGGUCGUGCUAAGCCAGCCAGCGCUUCCGGAGGCGGCGCCCAGCUGAAGGCGCAGGACAACGGCGUCGAGGUGCCCGAGGCGAUUGCGGCACAGCUCAAGGGCGGAGACAAGAUCUACGUGUCCGAGGCGGACGAGCCAUUCGAGGGCGUCGCGCUCAGCUGGAGCAAGGGGUUGCCUGACGAGGUACAAUUCGCAGAGCUGGUGGAGCACCCUGAGCCGAAAGACGCGGACGUCGAGAUCCUGGAUCCCUUCGACUGGGACUCCGAGGGCAACUACAAGGAGCUGAUCGAGGCGGUGAGGGAGGCGAGCAAGGGGAACGACGUGAGGGUGUACAAGAUUUCGCGGGGCGGUGCGAGGUUCGAGUACUGGGUCCUGACGGUGCUUGGUGAGGGCAAGGAUGGCAGAUUGGUCGGUGCCAAGGCACUGUCGGUCGAGUCUUAG